UUCUAAGGAGUGGUCCAUUAAUACCUCAAGGCCAAUGCCAGAGCCUACCAUUCGACACUCUGCCUGCAUCCCAGCAACCAUGGCAAUGCCUUUUUCUGCCUUCUUCCUCUCUUUACUCCUUUUUGUUCAGGACCAGGGAGUUAAUGGGGUCCCUCCACAGCUGAAAGGUGCAAACUGCAGGACAAGGCCCACAGACCUGAUAUUCAUCAUUGACAGCUCUCGAAGUGUGCGUCCCAAUGAAUUUGAGAAAGUCAAGGUGUUCAUGUCCCAGGUCAUUGAGUCACUCGAUGUAGGGCCAGAUGCUACUCGGGUUGGUGUUAUCAAUUAUGCCAGUGCAGUCAACAAUGAAUUGUCCCUCAAGACCCAUCGUACAAAGGCCACCCUACUGCAAGCUGUACGCAGGAUUGAGCCCCUCUCCACUGGGACCAUGACAGGCCUGGCUAUCCAGUUUGCAAUCAACAGAGCAUUCAGUGAGGGAGAAGGAGCCAGAGUGCGAUCGCCAGAGAUUAACAAGGUGGCUAUCAUAGUGACUGAUGGGCGCCCCCAGGAUGGGGUAAAGGAUGUAGCAGCAAGAGCAAGAGCUCUUGGAAUUGAAAUCUUUGCUAUUGGUGUGGGCCGUGUGGAUAUGCACACUUUGCGGCAAAUGGCCAGUGAACCCCUGGAUGAGCAUGUGGAUUAUGUGGAAAGCUACAGUGUAAUUGAGAAGUUGACCAAAAAGUUUCAGGAAGCAUUCUGUGCCUGCACUGGAGGGACUGCCACUGACCUUGUGUUCCUGAUAGACGGAUCAAAGAGUGUGAGGCCUGAGAACUUCGAACUGGUGAAGAGAUUUAUUAACCAGAUUGUGGAAUCUCUGGAUGUUUCGGACAAAAAUGCACAUGUGGGCCUGGUCCAGUAUUCUAGUUCAGUCAGGCAAGAAUUCCCACUUGGGCAAUACAAGACUAAGAAAGACAUCAAAGCAGCAGUAAGAAGGAUGUCCUACAUGGAGAAAGGCACCAUGACUGGCCAGGCUUUGAAAUACCUAGUGGACAAUUCAUUUGCCAUCUCCAGUGGAGCAAGGCCUGGAGUUCCCAAGGUAGCAGUUGUAUUUACUGAUGGACGGUCACAAGAUUACAUCAAUGAUGCUGCGAAGAAAGCCAAAGACCUGGGUUACAAAAUGUUUGCUGUUGGAGUAGGCAAUGCUGUUGAGGAUGAACUUAAAGAAAUUGCCUCUGAACCAAUAGCUGAGCAUUAUUUCUACACUGCUGAUUUUAGAACAAUAAACCAAAUUGGGAAGAAACUACAAAGUAAAAUCUGUAUUGAAGAAGAAAAAGAAGAUCCAUGUGAAUGUGGAGCCAUUGUGAAAUUCCAGAGGAAGGUAGAUAACCUCAUAAAGGCAUUGACACAGAAGCUGGAAGCUGUGACAAGAAAGCUUGCUGCACUAGAAAACAGGAUCACCGUUUAAAAAGUAGAAUAAUUUGAUUCCUUUGCAACUUAAAAUUACAUAUCAGAGGACUUUGGCUACGGCAGCUCUUCUUCCGUGUUACGUUAACCCUGACUGGGUCAGCUGCCUUUGUUUUGAGAGGUGGAAUUGUGUAACAGUAGAAGUGUAAGCAAUGAUAAAGCACUAGAAGUCAUGUACCAAACUACAUUAAACUCUCUUUGCAUCAUAGAAUAUGCAAAUAUGUUUAAUACCUGGAGAACUGGUUUUAAACUAAAGCUCAAUAUAGUCAUCUAAGAUAUUUAAAUAACAUCUUUUUAAUGAGUUCUGUGAAUGCUCACUUGGUUCUUUCACAGAUUUUAUGUUUCUCUAUAUACUCUCAUUGUCUUUAAGAACUGAAUUUGACUCAUGUGACUCUGAAUAUUUUUUUUCUAAGAACAGUAAAUAUAUAAUUUAUGCUAAAGCAUUUAUCUAUAAGUAGAUGAAAUAAUUAUGGAAUGUUAAGUGUGGCAUACUGGAUAAUGUGCCUCCUGUUGCAAACUCCAACUUUGGGUAUAGGAAGAAGGAAGGUACAGAUGUUCAGAAAGCUGUCAUCAUUUUCUGCUCACCAACAAGAGUAAAGUCAAGUCAUGGACUCAUUCACAGUUGAGCAUAUCAUCUUAACUAGUAAAAUGGGAUUUUGCUCUCUUUGAAUUCUUGCCUAAAUGUUGCCUAACAUCAACAGUAACCAAACUUCAAACAACCAAUAGCUUCAUACACAAGACAAACAGUGCAGGUCACUGCUAGUGGCGGAGACUCGAGCCAUGAUCCAUUUUUAACAUUAACCCUUUGGAACGGCACCACAUUUGCAUCAUUUUUGUCAUAGCUGAUGGCUCUGUGUUUAGCUUAUAUUGAAGCCAUACAUCAACAUAGGCACAGCCUGGGGUAUCCAAUAUUCAACAUGAAAAAUCCCUGCCCUCCAUUGGUCAAAAAGUGACAAGCACCCCUAAAAAUGUGAUCACAAGUUGUUGGCCUUUGGUUAAAUCUGUAGGGGUUUAUAACAGAAUAUUUAUACAUGAUAAUGUAGAAAAGAGUUUUUGGAAUAACAAAAUAUUGAAAAAUGUCAUAAUAAAAUAUGAUUUUAU